UUAAAGGCCACCCUGGCGGGCGGGGACCGGGACGGCAGCCCUCAGCCAGAGCGCACUCGGCUCCGCGCCCGCCGCCCAGCGCGAGUCCCGCCGGCCCCGGCGCGGCACGUCCCGCAGAGCGAGCGCAGCAGGGCUCCCGCGACCUGGCCACCCGGGCAGGGCGCUGCGCGGCGGCGGCGAUGGCAGGGCGCGGGGCCCCGGGCCGCGGUUGGGCGCUGCUGCUGGUGCUGCUGGCGCUGGGCGAGCUGCCGCGGGCGCGGGGCGUCGAGGAGGAGCCCGGCGGCGCGCACGGGGAGAGCCAGGGCUUCCAGGUGGUCGCCUUCAAGUGGCACCACGUCCAGGACCCGUACAUCAUCGCGCUCUGGAUCCUCGUGGCCAGCUUGGCCAAGAUCGGCUUCCACCUGUCCCACAGGGUCACGAGCGUCGUCCCCGAGAGCGCCCUGCUCAUCGUGCUGGGCCUGGCGCUGGGCGGCAUCGUCUUGGCGGCCGACCACAUCGCCUCCUUCUCGCUCACACCCACGGUCUUCUUCUUCUACCUGCUGCCUCCCAUCGUGCUGGACGCCGGCUACUUCAUGCCCAACCGGCUCUUCUUUGGCAACCUGGGCACCAUCCUGCUGUACGCCGUCAUCGGCACCGUGUGGAACGCGGCCACCACCGGCCUGUCCCUCUACGGUGUCUUCUGCAGCGGCCUGAUGGGAGACCUGAACAUCGGGCUGCUGGACUUCCUCCUGUUCGGGAGCCUGAUCGCCGCCGUGGACCCCGUGGCUGUCCUGGCGGUGUUCGAGGAGGUGCACGUCAACGAGGUGCUGUUCAUCAUCGUCUUCGGGGAGUCGCUGCUCAACGACGCCGUCACCGUGGUCCUGUACAAUGUAUUUGAAUCUUUCGUGACGCUGGGUGGUGACAAGGUGACUGGUGUGGACUGUGCGAAAGGAAUAGUGUCCUUCUUCGUGGUGAGCCUGGGGGGCACGCUGGUGGGGGUCGUCUUCGCCUUCCUGCUCUCGCUGGUGACACGCUUCACCAAGCACGUGCGCAUCAUCGAGCCCGGCUUCGUGUUCGUCCUCUCCUACCUGUCCUACCUCACGUCAGAGAUGCUGUCCCUGUCGGCCAUCCUGGCCAUCACCUUCUGCGGCAUCUGCUGUCAGAAGUACGUGAAGGCCAACAUCUCGGAGCAGUCCGCCACCACGGUGCGCUACACCAUGAAGAUGCUGGCCAGCGGCGCCGAGACCAUCAUCUUCAUGUUCCUGGGCAUCUCGGCCGUGGACCCUCUCAUCUGGAAGUGGAACACAGCCUUCGUGUUCCUGACGCUGGUCUUCAUCUCCGUGUACCGGGCCAUUGGUGUCGUCCUGCAGACCUGGAUUCUGAACCGGUACCGGAUGGUGCAGCUGGAGAUCAUAGACCAGGUGGUCAUGUCCUACGGCGGCCUUCGCGGGGCCGUGGCUUAUGCCCUGGUGGUCCUUCUGGACGAGAACAAGGUCAAGGAGAAGAACCUGUUCGUCAGCACCACCAUCAUCGUCAUCUUUUUCACUGUCAUCUUCCAGGGCCUGACCAUCAAGCCCCUGGUGCAGUGGCUGAAGGUGAAGAGAAGUGAACAGCGAGACCCCAAGCUCAACGAGAAGCUGCACGGCCGGGCUUUUGACCACAUCCUCUCAGCCAUCGAGGACAUAUCAGGGCAAAUUGGACACAAUUAUCUCAGAGAUAAGUGGUCCAAUUUUGAUAGGAGAUUCCUCAGCAAAAUCCUGAUGAGAAGGUCAGCUCAAAAGUCAAGAGACCGGAUCCUGAACGUUUUCCAUGAGCUCAACUUGAAGGACGCCAUCAGCUACGUGGCCGAGGGAGAGCGCCGCGGGUCCCUGGCCUUCAUCCGCUCCCCCAGCACGGACAACAUUGUCAACGUGGACUUCAGCACCCCGCGCCCCUCGACCGUGGAGGCCUCCGUCUCCUACCUGCUGAGGGAGAACGCCAGCGCCGUGCGCCUGGACAUGCAGUCCCUGGAGCAGAGGCGACAGAGCAUCCGCGACACGGAGGACAUAAUCACUCACCACACGCUGCAGCAGUACCUGUACAAGCCCCGGCAAGAGUACAAACACCUCUACAGUCGACACGAGCUAACUGCGGACGAGGACGAGAAGCAGGACAAGGAGGUCUUCCACCGGACCAUGCGGAGGCGCCUGGACUCCUUCAAGUCGGCCAAGCUGGGGGUCAGCCCGCACAAGAAGGCCGCGAAGCUGCUCAGGAGGGAGCGUGUCCAGAAGCGGAGAAACAGCAGCAUUCCCAACGGCAAACUGCCGAUGGUGAGCCCCCUGCACGAUUUCACCAUUAAGGAGAAAGAUUUGGAACUUUCAGACCCUGAGGAAGCCCCCAGCUAUGAUGCCGAGGAGAUGAGUCGGGGGAUCGAGUUCCUGGCGAGCAUCACGCAGGACACAGCGACAGACUCCCCCUCAGGAAUUGACAACCCCGUGUUCUCCCCGGACGAGGACCCCGGCAUCCUCUCUGCGGUGCCACCCUGGCUGUCUCCUGAGGAGACGGUGGUGCCCUCCCAGAGGGCCCGCGUGCAGAUCCCCCACUCUCCCAGCAACUUCCACCGCCUGGCACCCUUCCGCCUCAGCGGCAAGUCCGUGGACUCCUUCCUGCUGGCCGACGGCCCCGAGGAGCAGCCCCACGCCCCGCCCGAGUCCACACACAUGUGACACCGGCUCCGACGCGCCGCUGACCGGACGCUCGUCCGCGCGCGAGGCCCCGCCCGCCGCCGAGAAGCCCCUGCGCGUGCGCGCCCCGAGCCCGGCCCCGCCCAGCCCCGCGCACGCCCCGCCCACCUCGC